AGUUCCAGCAAAGUCUGAUCACACAUGCACGCCAUAACUCAACCGCCUCACAUUGCUCAUCAUUUAGGAAAGCCUGUUGGUUAGCUUCAAAAACAUGGCGGCCCUUAAAAUAUUAUCACGAGCGGAUACUGUAUUCUUCAAAAACCUAUCUGCCACCUGCAUACCCAAUUUGAACUUCACCCAUUCCUUGAACAAGAUGUGUGGCUGCUCCUUCUCCACCUCCAGUCAGAGAAAGUCACAGUUCUACACAGACCCCACAGAGGCUGUGAAGGACAUCCCCAGUGGAGCCACCAUCCUAGUGGGAGGGUUUGGUUUGUGUGGUAUUCCAGAGAACCUUAUCAACAGUUUAUUAAAGACUGGCGUGAAGAGCCUUACAGCCGUCAGCAACAAUGCUGGGGUGGAUAACUUUGGGCUUGGUCUGCUCUUACAGACCAAACAGAUCAAGAGGAUGAUCUCCUCCUAUGUGGGAGAGAACGUUGAGUUUGAGAGGCAGUACCUGUCUGGGGAGCUGGAGGUGGAGCUAACUCCACAGGGUACCCUAGCAGAGAGGAUCAGAGCAGGGGGUGCGGGUGUUCCUGCUUUUUUCACGGCUACAGGCUACGGUACCCUCAUCCAGGAGGGCGGCUCUCCCAUCAAAUACAACAAAGAUGGAACUAUCGCCAUCGCCAGCGAACAGAGAGAGGUGCGGGAGUUUAAUGGCAGGCAUUACAUCAUGGAGAAGGCCAUCACUGGAGACUUUGCUCUGGUCAAGGCCUGGAAGGCUGACAAGGCCGGGAACAUCGUCUUCAGGAAAACAGCUAGGAACUUCAACCAGCCCAUGUGCAAGGCAGCCAAAGUCACCAUUGUAGAGGUGGAGGAGGUGGUGGACGUGGGGACGUUUUCUGAGGAGGACAUCCACAUCCCCAGUAUCUACAUCCACAGGAUCAUCAAGGGAGACUGCUACGAGAAGAGGAUAGAGAGGCGCACAGUGCAGAAGGACCUAGCAGAGAAGCCCAAACCAAAGAAGGACUCCGACAUUUUACGAGAGCGGAUCAUUCGCAGAGCAGCCCUUGAGUUUGAGGAUGGGAUGUAUGCUAACCUGGGUAUCGGCAUCCCCAUGCUGGCCAGCAACUUCAUCCAACCAGACAUCACUGUCCACCUGCAGAGUGAGAACGGCAUUCUGGGAUUGGGCCCCUACCCCACAGAAGACGAAGUGGAUGCUGACCUCAUCAAUGCCGGUAAAGAAACGGUGACUGUGCUUCCAGGGGCUUCCUACUUCUCCAGUGACGAGUCGUUUGCCAUGAUCAGAGGUGGUCACAUCAACCUGACGAUGCUGGGAGCCAUGCAGGUGUCUAAGACGGGAGACCUGGCCAACUGGAUGAUCCCGGGUAAGAUGGUGAAGGGGAUGGGUGGAGCCAUGGAUCUGGUGGCCAGCGCUGGAACCAAGGUGGUCGUCACCAUGGAGCACUCCGCUAAGGGAGGAAAAUUCAAGAUUCUGGACACAUGCAACCUGCCACUGACAGGAAAACAGUGUGUGGAUCGGAUCAUCACUGAAAAGGCUGUGUUUGAUGUGGACAAGACUAAAGGUCUGACUCUGAUUGAGGUGUGGGAGGGGCUGACCCCAGAGGACAUUAAGGCAUGCACAGGAGCACACUUUGAGGUGUCUCCAAACUUGAGGGCCAUGCAACAGGUCUAGAAGCUGGGGGAAGUGUCCGAGGAGAGGAACUAUGGCUUGAAGGCUGUGUUAAUCUCUCCGUAUGUGUGAAGGAAGGAACACGAACUAUGAACUAAUCAACAAUGUUCAUCCUAAUGUUACUGAACACCGCUUCCGUCUACUAAAUCAUAACGUCACUGAAACAUUACUGUAACAUCCAUUGAUGUACAGGAACAUGUGAGAUGCAUAAAUAAGCGAUGCCUAGUUUGGUUGUGGUUGUUAAGAAACCAACAGCGUGAUGAUGUUGAUGAUAUUAUAUGAAUUGAAUUGAAAAUAAUUGUUGUCCCUGACAUAACUGAAGAGGAACUGUGUAAUAUGUAUUUAGUAAUAAUGUCAUGUUUUAAUUAGAUGUUUUAUGCUACAUCAACACAGAGGCUAUUCUCUCCAAAACUUAUAACACAAACAAUGAUGGACUUCAUUUCAUUCCAGUCAGUUGUCCCCUCCCUUCUGCACUUGUUCACUCCCCUCCUUAGACGUGCAUCAGCCAGGUGUCCCCUGUAAGUAAUAGCUCCAACUAGUUUCAGACAUACUGUGUUCACUGAUGCAGUGAAAUGGGAAUGAAUUGGAGAAGGGAGGAAGCACCGCUCUGGUCUGACAUCAAAACUGAUAUUAUCUAGAUUUUUAUUUGCUUUUGAGCCUCUCCACUUCAUCCUGGUUUGGUACUUCAGUUGAAUGGUCAGCCUCAUGGAAACAAACUGGUUUGGUACUUCAGUUGAAUGGUCAGCCUCAUGUAAACAAACUGGUUUGGUGCUUCAGUUGAAUGGUCAGCCUCAUGUAAACAAACUGGUUUGGUGCUUCAGUUGAAUGGUCAGCCUCAUGGAAACAAACUGGUUUGGUACUUCAGUUGAAUGGUCAGCCUCAUGGAAACAAACUGGUUUGGUACUUCAGUUGAAUGGUCAGCCUCAUGGAAACAAACUGGUUUGGUACUUCAGUUGAAUGGUCAGCCUCAUGGAAACAAACUGGUUUGGUACUUCAGUUGAAUGGUCAGCCUCAUGGAAACAAACACUUAAUAAUACAGGCUACAUGGUUUCAGGUAUUUUAUCUACUACAAUGUGAGGCCUUACAUUUUCUACCCACACGUUUCUCUGUCCUGUAUUUGUGUAUUAUAUUAAACUAGGUAUGUUACCUUGA